UUAUUUCUAUUUUUCUGUACACAAUCUUUUAUCUGUGGAUUGUUCUUCUUGUUUUGAGAUUUUUAGGUUAAAAUAAAACCACUUCUCGUGAUGGGAGACUCUAAUUUUAAGCCCAAAAUUAACACUGGAGGACAAGAUCCGGUUCUCAAGCAGGCUGAGCUCGAUUACAUGAAAAUAAUCGAGCAAAAAAAUCGCGAACGCGUACAAAAAUUGCAACAGCUUUCUAGAAGAAAUAGACUUACUGGUCUAUCUAUCGGCGCUGGUGUAUUAAGUAUUUACUUGUAUUCUAUCUUCUCUGUAAAGCAGGAGACGUUCCUCGACGAUUUCGACGAGCCAGUGAAGGUGCAGCAGUAA